AUGGAACGUAUGUCACGGGUACUUUAUCAACAUCAACGAGAAGGAAAUUCACCAAUUCAAAAUGUUGAUGAAUUUGUUUGCUUGGUUGAAACUCGUGAUCCAGAACUUGUGGUUUUUGAUAUUUUAUUUAGAUCUAUGAAUCCUGAUGAAAUAAAUAAAAAACACAACCAAUACAAAAAUAAUUAUGCUUUGUCGUCAAAUGGCAACAAACAUGUUAUUUUUUCUAAACAAACUAGCGAGGAUAAUAUGGAUACAAUGCAUAACACUUCCAAUAGUGAAGAAUCAGCACAAACUGAAUCAGCACGAAAAUCUGCUUCCGGUAGUAAAAAAUCAACACAACAAAUUGCUUCCGGUAGUGGUAGUACGGAAGAUUCAGAACAUCUUCGUGAUCCGAACUUUCUCAGUAAUUUUGUGAGUUUGUUCAAUCCUCGAGACAGACGUUCUCUGAAUGUGACUUUUCGUCCAGCUAGGCGUGUAGCCGAAGUGAUUCCUACUUAUUUAAAUGAGGCGAAAGCGUACAUUCUCCCAGAAAUCAAACGUUCUGAUCUCGAAAAGCUCCACCUAAAUAUUAAUGAAUUAAGUAAUGAUAAUAUUAUUAAAGCCUUCAUCUACAAACUUCAUCAAGCUGUUAUCAACUCGGAAUUAAAAGUAGACACGGCUGAAACUUUUACUGAUGCGUUGGUAACCCAUUUAAUAUUUCGUACUGUUAACUUUGAUCAAUGGCCCAUGGUGAUUGAAUUACGUCCAAAGCUCGAAUUUACUGUUGGCAGUGCAACUUUGAUAGCACGUCCUGAAUUCGUUAUUUUUUUGGGAAAAUAUGCCGUGUUGGUUAUUGAGGAUAGACAUAUAAAAAAUGUCAAACUAAACUAUGAAUAUGGGGAAUCUCAAAUAGCUGGAGAGAUAAUUGCAUGUGGGAAUGAAAACUUGCGUAUUGCUAGAAAGUAUUGGUAUGAACUUGCUGCAGGUUGUCCACGUCGGCAGUCAAUUUCAGUAGAUAGGUAUCCAGGAGAUGAUAGUGAUCCGUUAAAUGGUUUUGAUCUUGCAACCUCAGAAGGAAGAGAAGCUGUGAUUAAUGCAUUAUGCAAAAUUCGUGAAAGAAUUAGAACAUAG